UUCUCAGGUGUGUGGCUUCCCUACUGUUUUCACUUGCUCUCAGCCUCUGUGUGAAGCUACAGUAGAGGCCCUAAUGCAAAGGUCAAUGCAAAUUUCUGAAGCUGAAGGAAAAGGUGAAAUUCUUCCCCCAACCAUACAAAAUAUAAUAAAAGGAUACAACAAGUAUCUACGUCCAUUUUUUGACAAUGGUCCCGUGUCAGUUGGAAUGAGCCUGGAUAUUGCGAGCAUUGAUACCAUAUCAGAAAUAAAUAUGGAUUACACGGCUACCAUAUUUCUGAGGCAGCGGUGGACUGAUGAGAGACUUUGUUUUGAUGGCAAUAAAAGUUUAAGUUUAGAUGGUCGGCUUGUGGAAAUGCUCUGGGUACCAGAUACCUUCAUAGUUGAUUCAAAAAAGUCUUUUCUUCAUGAUAUCACUGUUGAGAAUCGUCUGAUAAGAAUAUACCCUAACGGAACAGUCUUGUAUGCUAUACGGAUCACCACAACUGUUGCAUGCAGCAUGGACCUGACCAAAUACCCAAUGGAUAAGCAGACGUGUACCUUGCAACUGGAAAGCUGGGGUUACAACGUGAAUGACGUCGUGUUUUACUGGACUAGAGGAAAUGAUUCUGUUCGAGGUUUGGACACGCUCCAGCUGGCACAAUAUACAGUAGAAGACCACUUUACCUCGGUAUCUGAAGCAGUAUAUGAAACAGGACGUUACCCUAAAUUAGUGUUUCACUUUGAGCUCAAGAGAAACAUCUUGUAUUUCAUACUGGAGACAUACGUACCAUCAAUUCUCCUGGUUGUGCUCUCCUGGGUAUCAUUUUGGAUAAGCCAGUCAUCAGUUCCAGCCAGAAUCUGCAUAGGUGUUACCACUGUCCUCACUAUGACGACACUGAUGAUGGGAGCCAGGACUUCACUCCCAAAUGCUAACUGUUUUAUUAAGGCAAUUGAUGUGUACCUCGGCAUCUGUUUCAGUUUCAUCUUUGGAGCAUUGUUAGAGUAUGCUGUGGCUCAUUUCUGCGCUCUGCAUCGACCCAGUUCAAAGGAAAUUCCAAAGGAUGAGGAUGAAGGGACUGAAGAAGAAAGGAAUGGAGUUCUGGCAGCAGUUGCUAACAGUUGCAGUGCUUCUGACAACACGAACAAAAUUGAUUCAGACAAGGGCAGCAAAACCAGCAUCAAUGGCAAAAAGGAGAGAAAUAAGCACAGUGGGUGUAGCUCACCAAUGUCCAUAAUGAAAAGUCUUUUCUGUAUCUUUGAUUGUUUCCAUGUUAAAAAUCCUUACCACAUAGACAACUAUGCCAGAUUUUCUUUCCCAUUAUCAUUCAUCAUAAUUAAUGUAUUUUAUUGGGUAUAUUAUUUGUAUUUCUAAAUCUUUUAAGGUGUAAAACUGUCAUGGUUCAACAUUUAGAAAGGAGAUGUAGUUGGUGAAGUUGCAGAAGAAAGAGAAAGCUGCCUUUAGGGAAAAGAGGUAUGAGUGGAUAUGCUCUUUUCAAGCAUUUACGCCAAGUUUAUUUAACUCUCUUUUCUGCUAUUAAAUGACUGUCAUCUGAAAUUGACUUUCCUUUUAGCAUGCAUGUCCCAUAUUACACUAUUUGUCAAUGGCCUCAAAGUCCUUUUUUAAUAUUUUAAAGGCCAGCUUU